UCUUUUCUCUCCCUUGCUCUGUUUUGCUCUCCUCCUCCUCUGGUUUGCCUGUGGUUGCAGUCACCCAAAAACCCGAGCUCGCAAGCCACAUUGCUACUAUAGAUUUAGCAGCAUGGGAGCACAGGGAGUGAUGGAGGGCGGCGGCAAGUGUGGUGGUGAUCGGUCGUUGCUCGCUGGCGCCGGAGAGAUGCUCAACUCUGUCGUCGGUUUCAUCGUCUUCUCCUUCCUCGACGUGCUCGACAUCGUCCUGUGCCUCGUUUACAAGGUCAUAGACUAUGCCAUCGAGGCCAAGUGGAAGCCCUGCUACUGCUGCAGCUCUUACGACAAGAGCAUGGUCCCAACCGCCGGCGCUGGCGGAAGAAGCAGCUUCCUGUUGUCCGCCAGCAGAGGUCCCAAGGUGGUCCGCCUCUGCUCCACCAAGCUCCAGCUCGAGGACGUCUCCGACACGCUCUACUGUCGCCCGUCCCGCGUCACUGAAUUCUCCCGUAAGGCCACCGCCGCCGUCGCCGCCAACACUGGCAUGUCGAUUAAGUCUCCCGCGCCACCUGCCGCAGCCUUCGCCGUCAGCGCCAACGUGAUGGAGAUGCUCCGGGGGAAAAUCGACGGACGGUGGAAGCGGCUGCCUCAGUCCAUCCCACUGUGGUCCGACUGCGACUGCAAAGUCUGCAACUCGUGGAGCCGCUCUUCUUCCCCCGUCGUCGACGGAGACUCCCGGCUCUACGUCCACACCGACGGCCCCGGAGACGGCGGGCCGGGGACGACGUCCACCGAUGUGCUGUUCAUCCAUGGCUUCAUUUCCUCCUCCGCGUUGUGGACCGAGACGGUGUUCCAGGAGUUCACCGAGGAAACGCGGUCUCGCCACCGGCUCUUCGCCGUGGAUCUGCUCGGAUUCGGCCGGAGCCCCAAGCCGGCAGACUCCCUCUACACGCUGCGUGAGCACGUCGACAUGAUCGAGAAGUCGGUCCUGCAGGUCCACGACGUCAAAUCUUUCCACAUUGUCGCCCACUCCCUCGGUUGCAUCAUCGCUCUCGCCCUCGCCGUCCGUCACCCCAACGCCGUCAAGUCCCUCACCUUGCUCUCGCCGCCAUACUUUCCAGUGCCGAGGGGGGAGGAGCCGACGCAGUUCGUAAUGCGUCGGGUGGCGCCGCGGCGGGUGUGGCCGGCAAUCGUCUUCGGCGCUUCCAUGGCCUGCUGGUAUGAGCACGUGAGCAGGACAGUUUGCCUGCUUAUCUGUAAGAACCACAGGAUUUGGGACUUCCUCCUCAAAUUCUUCACUCGAAACCGGAUUCGGACGUUCAUGGUCGAGGUGUUCAUGUGCCACACGCACAACGCGGCAUGGCACACUCUGCACAACGUCAUCUUCGCGAGCGCGGAGAGGAUGGAGAGCUACCUGGAGAUGGUGCGGGAGAAGCUGAGCUGCGACGUCCGCGUCUUCCACGGAGACGGCGACGAGCUCCUCCCCGUGGAGUGCAGCUACGACCUGGCGGCCAAAGUCCCCCGCGCCCGGGUCAAGAUCUUCCACAAGAAGGACCACGUCACCAUCCUCGUCGGCCAGCAGAGAGCCUUUGCCAGAGAGCUGGAGCAGAUUUGGAUGGAUAAUUAAUAUAUAGUUAAUGAAUCCAUCGAAGAGAAUUAAGGAAGAAGGAAUUAGUUAAAUAUUGUCUGGAUUGCCAUUUCGG